CUACGGCUAGUGCGCAGACUCGUUGGGCGGGAUGGAAAAUAUGUGGCUUGGAAUAGUUUAGUAAUAUAAAUAUAUAAACCAUAAAUAAUACUGCGCCCAAUAUUCAUGUGAGCAAGUGAAAUGCAUUAAUAGUAAAAUAAAAACCAAUGGCUACAAAAAAUAUAUAGCCUAAUACGGUCAAUAAUCAUCCCAUUAAGUUACGCCUAAAGUGCACUGAUAAGAAGACCAUUUGGAGAGUUCUCGAAAGUGUAUUAAGAAAUGUUCCCAACAGCAUUUAGGAUUCAACACCUAUACGUAGCGCUUAAUUUGCAUCUGGUAACUAACAAGACAGACGACUAGACAUCCAAAUAGACGUGUAAAUUUUAAUAUAUAGCUGUAGCAUUGGUAUCACACAUAUCUUUCAUAUUUUAAUAGAGAAGUUACUAGUGAACGUAAAUAAACACUAAUUAUAAUUGCAUACCAGUCGCCUUGGCUACACCAUAACGUAUUGACCUUAGGCUCAAAAGACCCACGGAACUACAUUUCCCACAAUCCAAAGGGUCGACAAAGGUUUCGUUUCGUCACGUCCCAGUUCGCUUCCUGUCGAAGUGUUCAGGGAUACAUGACACAGUUGUUUGGGAAUUAUACACGAAAAACCGUUAACACAUAUAAAACAUACACACGGGAUUGUCCGACCUCAACCACCUAUAUUGCGGUGGGAUUCAAAAUAGGCCGCGAUGGAAGCGGUCCCACGCAUGCCGAUGAUCUGGCUGGAUCUGAAGGAGGCUGGGGAGUUCCCGUUCAGCCCCGCGGUCAGGCAGUUCAUCCUGAAGAACUAUGGGGAGAACCCAGACAACUACAACGAGCAGCUGAAGAAACUGGAGACCCUGCGGCAGAGUGCUGUGAACGUAACCAGGGACUUUGAGGGCUGCAGUACCCUGAGGAAAUACUUUGGACAGCUGCAUUACCUCCAGAGCAGGGUCCCCCUGGCGCCCGGACAGGAAGCUGCCGUGCCCAUAUCAUGGACAGAGAUAUUUUCUGGGAAGACGAUCACCCACGAGGACAUCAGCUAUGAGCAGGCCUGCAUCCUUUACAACCUGGGGGCCCUGCACUCCAUGUUGGGAGCCAUGGACAACAGAGUGUCCGAGGAGGGGAUGAAGGUGUCGUGCACUCACUUCCAGUGCUCAGCGGGGGCCUUCUCCUACCUGAGGGACCAUUUCAACCACAACUUCAGCGUGGACAUGAGUCACCAGAUCCUCAACCUCAACAUCAACCUGAUGCUGGGCCAGGCCCAGGAAUGUCUCCUGGAGAAGUCCAUGUUGGACAACAGGAAGAGCUUCCUGGUGGCGCGCAUCAGUGCUCAGGUGGUGGACUACUAUAAGGAGGCCUGCCGGGCCCUGGAGAACUCUGAGACGGCCUCCAUGCUGGGGAAGAUCCAGAAGGACUGGAAGAAACUGGUCCAGAUGAAGAUCUACUACUUUGCUUCCAUCGCCCACUUCCACAUGGGAAAACAAGCGGAGGAACAGCAGAAGUAUGGAGAGAGGCUGGCCUACCUGCAGAGUUCAUUGGACAAACUGAACGAAGCCACCAAGCUGGCCAAGGGUCAACCGGAUAGUGUCCAAGACGCCUUGAGAUUCACCAUGGAUGUUAUCGGUGGGAAAUUCAACUCUGCUAAGAAAGACAACGACUUCAUCUACCACGAAACGGUUCCAAAUUUGGAAACCCUGGCCUCCGUCAAAGGCGCCCCGCUGGUGAAAGCCCUGCCGGUCAACCCCACCGAUCCCAGCGUGACCGGACCCGACCUGUUCGCCAAGCUGGUGCCCAUGGCCGCCCACGAGGCCUCCUCUCUCUACAGUGAGGAGAAAGCCAAGCUUCUGCGAGACAUCAUGACCAAGAUAGAGAGCAAAAACGACACUCUGGAGCAGUUCAUGGACUCCCUGGGCUUGGAGCUGGAAUCUGUAGACAACCUGGAGCUGUACAGCCACCUCCCCCCCGUCCUCAUGGAGAAGUGUGCUGCGCUCAGCGUGCGGCCGGACACCGUCAAGAGCCUGGUGCAGUCCAUGCAGGUGUUGUCGGGGGUGUUCACCGACGUUGAGGCCUCGCUCCGGGAGAUCCGGGAUGUCCUGGAGGAGGACCAGGCCGGGCUGCGGGCCCUGCAGGAGGCCCCCGAGGUCCACCCCGCCGCCCAGGCCCAGGCGCUGACCGAGAUCCGCCGGGACCUGGAGAAAUACGCCGAGGCCCACGAGAAGGCGAGCUUCACCAACACGGAGCUCCACCGAGCCAUGAACCUCCACAUCAGCAACCUGCGGCUGCUGGGGGGACCCCUGGACAGCCUGAGGGACGCCCUGCCACGGCCCCAGCUCAACGAGGAGGAGGUGGCGGGGCUCCAGUGUAUGAAGCGUAUUCUGGGGAAGGUCCAGGAGAUGAGGGACCAGAGGAGCUCCCUGGAGAAACAGCUGCGUGACCUCAUCCAGCAAGAUGACAUCACAUCCUCCCUGGUCACCACGGACAGGGCCGACAUGAAGCGGUUGUUCGAGGAGCAGCUGAAGAAGUACGAGCAGGUGAAGGUGUACAUCGAGCAGAACCUGGCGGCCCAGGACAACAUCCUGAAGGCGCUGACGGAGGCCAACGUCCAGUACGCCACGGUCCGCAAGGGGCUGGCCCACACGGAGCAGCAGUGGAACGCCACGGUGCAGACGCUGGUGGCGUCCUACGAGGCCUACGAGGACCUGAUGAAGAAGUCCCAGGAGGGCAAGGAGUUCUACGACGACCUGGAGGCCAAGGCCUCGCGGCUGCUGGAGCGGGCCAGGACCCUGUGCCAGGGCCGGGCGGAGCAGAGGAAGGGCGCGCUGGACCGGGAGGCCCUGAAGAAGCCCCCAGCCCGGCCCACCGCAGCCAAGCCCACCCUGAUGGCCAAGAACUCUGACAGCGACUCGGCCUGCUCCAGCCUGGACGACCCCGAGCUGGCCCAGCUCAGCGCCGCCAUCCUGGCCCUGGGGGGCGACCUGCCCGAGGAGCUGCGCAGCAUGCCCCCCGACCUCGCGUCCCACCCCGCCGAGGCCUACCUGCCCCCCGGCAGCGCCUCCCUGCCCUGGCCCGGCGCCGUGGCGCCCCACGGGGCCACCCACCGCUUCCCCGCCAACCUGCCCCCGCCGGAGCUCCUGGCCCGCAUGGCCCAGUACCCCGGCCCGGGCGGGCCCCGCCCCCAGACGCACGCCCAGGGCCCGCCGCAGAUGCCCCCCCACGCGGCGGUGUCCGGGUACGGCCCUCCCCAGGCCCCCCACCCUGGCCCGGUCGCGUCCCCCCCGGUCCGUCCGUCCACCACCACCGUGGACAGCAUCCAGACGCCCAUCCCCAGCUACGCCCCCACCCAGCGCUACCCCCGGGGCCCGGCCGCCCCCGGGGGCUACCCGGCCCCGCCCCAGAUGGGGCCGUACCCGCAGUUCGUGCCCCAGCCGGGCAUGCCCAUGCCAGGACCCCCGCCCCAGCAGUUCCCCCAGCCUCCCAGGCAGCAGAUGCCCCAGGGGUACCCUGCCGGCCCCGCAGCCAUGCCGGGACCCCCGCAGGCCUACCCCCACGGGUACAUGGCUCCGCAGCAGAGGCCGGGCCUGCCUCCCCAGUACCCACAGGUGUUCCCCGGGCAGCCCCACCCACAUAAAGGCUACAUGACGCAGCCCCAGCACCCGCCACAGCACCCUGGUCAGCACCCACAUCAGCCCCCGCACCCACAACAGCCCCAGCACCCACAACAGCCCCAGCACCCACAACAGCCCCAGCACCCACAACAGCCCCAGCACCCACAACAGCCCCAGCACCCACAACAGCAUCAGCCCCAGCACGGUGCCCCAAUGCCCCAGGGCUAUCAGCCCCCACAGGGGUAUCUGCCCCAGCAGCAUCCCCAGAUGAUGCCGGGCCCCAUGCCUCCUCACACCAUGCACCCCCACAUGCUGCCCGGGCCCCAGCUGCCGCCCGCCGGGCCCCAGCCUUACAUCCUGCCCGGCAACCAGCACAUUCCCCCCGGGCUGCCCCCGCAUCACAUGAUGGCCCAGCAGCCCAAGCAGGUCCCAGGGCACCCCGGUGCGCCGCAGCAGCAGAUGGGCCCCCACCACCCUCACCCCCACCAGCAGAUGCACAUGCCCCCCGGUCCCCGGCCCCAGAUGCCCGGCGGCCCCGUGCCGCCCACUUCCCUGCCCAUGCAGCCGCCCCAGCAGCAGCAGCAGCCCCUGCCCGGGCAGCUGCCGAUGGCCCACCUGCCCCAGCAGCCCAUGGGGAUGGCCGGCCUGCCCCAGGGCCAGCCGCCCCACAUGGGCCCCGUGUGCUACCCGGGGGGGCCGCCGAUGAUGCCGCAGCAGCCCCUGGCGCCGCAGCCUCUGCACCCAGCGCACCUCCAGGCCCACCCCGCUCCCGCCGUCUACACCCCGGGCCCCGGGGCCAACGCCCCCCCGGGGGCCCCCCAGCCGGGCGGCAUGAUGGCCCCGCACGGCGCCCAGCAGAUCCCCCCCGCCCAGCAGCACAUGAUCCAGCCCUCGCCGGGGGGUCUGCCCGUCGCCCUCACGCCAAACAGCAUCCCGCCCGCCCCCUCGCCUUCCCCCUCGCCGUCUCCCUCCCCGGCCCCCUCCUCUCUGGGACUGACCCCCCAGCAGAGGCCCUCCCCGGCCCCCACGCCCGGAGGAGCGCCGGCCCCGCCCUCGCCGUCGCCCGCCGUCCCCUCCCCCGCCGGCUCCGCCUCGCUCUUCCAGCGGCAGAACUCCAACACGGACGACCUGCUCUCCUCCAGCCCCGAGAGCCUCCCGGGGGGGCCCAAGGCCCCCGCCAACGUCCUGCAGCCCACCAAGGCGGACCCCCAGGACGGGGAGCGCCGCAAGAAGGGCGCCGGGGGCGUGUCCCUGAUCCAGGGGGACCCCUACCAGGCGCCCGAGCGCAUCGCCCGGCUCCACGGGCAGCUGGAGCGCUACCGGGCGCAGGUGGACGCCCUGGAGCUGCCGUCGGAGGGCGAGGGCGGGGCCUCGGUGCUGGACGCCCGCUGGAGGGAGCUGCAGGAGCAGCAGGAGAAGGACGCGCGCCAGCGGUCCAUCGCCAUCGCCCGCUGCUACAGCAUGAAGAACCGCCACCAGGACGUCAUGCCCUACGACGUCAACCGCGUGGUGCUGCUCUCGGGCAAGGACGACUACAUCAACGCCAGCUACGUGGAGGAGCUGUCGGCCUUCUGCCCGCGGCUCAUCGCCACGCAGGCGCCGCUCGCCGGCACGGCGGCCGACUUCUGGCUCAUGGUGUACGAGCAGAAGGUGGCGCUGGUGGUCAUGCUGGUGUCGGACCAGGAGCUGGAGAAGGGGAAAGUCCUGCGCUACUUCCCUACAGAGCGUGGCCAGCAGGUCUCCCAGGGACCAAUCACGCUCACCCUGACCACGCAGAAGACCACGCCCACCCACGUGGAGCGCAUGAUCAGCCUGCAGUACCGCGACCAGAGCCUGAAGCGCACCGUGGUCCACCUGCAGUACAACUCCUGGCCCGAGCUGGGUCCGCCAGACAGUAAGGGCAGCCUGCUGGGUUUCAUCCAGGAGGUCCAGGGUCACUUCCAGCACCAGAGACCCCUUCACACACCCAUCAUAGUGCACUGCAGUUCGGGUGUGGGGCGCACCGGCGCCUUCUGCCUGCUGUACGCGGCACUGCAGGAGCUGGAGGCCGGGAACUGCAUCCCCGACCUGCCGCUGCUGGUGAAGAAGAUGAGGCAGCAGAGGAAGAACAUGCUGCAGGAGAAGCUGCACCUGAAGUUCUGCUACGAAGCCGUCCUGAAGCAUGCAGAGGUCCUACUGCAGCGCCAUGGCAUCACCAGCGCCACCUACAGCAAGAACACCAGCACUGCAGCCUCCAAGCCUUACUCCAGACAGGAGUCCCAGCAGGACCUGGUCCUGGGGGGGGACAUGCCCAUCAGCUCCAUCCAGGCCACCAUCGCCAAGCUCAGCAUCCGCGCGCCCAGCCUCUCGGACCAGCCCGCCGACGCCCCCUGGAGCCUGGAGGACCAGCCCCUGCCGGCGGGCCCCCAGCCCCUCCAGGAUGCCUGGCCCUCCCCCGAGGGCCCCCAGCAGCCCCCGGCCUCCCUCAGCCCCCCGCCCGCCGCCUCCCCCGCCAAGACCCCCUCCCCGCCUCCCAACGGCGUGGACGCCUCCGCGGCCCUCGCCCCCUCUCCUGCCGUAGCGGUGGCGGAGGUGCCCGACGGCCCCCCUGCCCCCGGCGCCUCCCCCCCCUCCCCCCCGGCCUCGGCCCCGUCCUCCCUGGAGCUGCUGGCCUCCCUGGCGCCGGAGGCCUUCUCCAUGGAGGGCGGGGGCAUGGGCAAGCAGAGGGUCACCAGGCAGAGCUUCCUGCAGCCCACCGAGGGCCAGGGCCUGCAGGGGGCCCGGGAGCGCGGGGCCGACGACCCCCUGAGCAGCCUGGACCCCCUGUGGAGCCUCAACAAGAGCUGAGGGCCCGCCGGCACCGGCGACCAGCCUCCACACGUACGCCCCCACGCUUUCUCACCUGGCGUAAAAUAAAUCAAAAGCGGUCUGUUCUAGGCCUCGACACUCACCUGUAGCACUUUGUAGACGGCGGAAGAUCAUUCUUGUGCGGGGGAGGGCGGGGAGUUGGGGUCAGCCAGCUCUUUAGCAACAGAAUCACUGCUCUCUCCCUCUCUCUCUCUGUCUGUUUCCUGUGUCACUGUCCACCGCUCGUGCUCCCUCUCCGGCGGACGGACGGAUACCAGUUCUGCACUCCCUGCCUUAGAUCGCUUAGAGCAUUAAAAAGCACCACAUUCCCCAGCAUGCACCUCUUUACACUUUAGUGCUUCAGCCCAUUGACCUGACGUCCCAGCUCCCCCGCCCCCCCGCCUCUGAAGUGGCAGUUGCCGUGGUUACCGCGGAGGAGGAUGCAGGGGGGGGAUGUCUGGGACCGUGAAUGAUUUUAAUGACGAACUAUUGUUUGCACUGUUUAGAUGCUCCGUCAUUAUGUUGUAUGACUUUUGUUAUGGGGAUAUCUGCAGUAAGGUUGUAUGACUUGAUUGUUGCUAUAACCACACGAAAUCGACACAUUUAAACUAAUUGAUUUAUUUCCCUUGCGUUUCUCUCUUCUGUAACACUGUAAAUAUAUUAAAUAAAACUAGACUAUGGCAACUUA